UUACAUGAAAAAUAAAAUUGGGGAAUAUCUCUGGUGGUUCGGUCGGCAGAACUCCGAUGUGGUGAGUGGAAGCAACCGCUCCAGUGAUCAGUGAUGGCAGGGCUACUAGCUUGGGCGGCGGAUGUGGUGGGCGGCGGCGGCGAGAGAGGUGGUGCGGAAGAUGAUCCGGAUUCAAUUCCUCUAAUCUUCACUCCGGAGCAACAGGCGUAUGUUCAUGACCUUGACCGUAAAGCUACUACACUUAACCGUUCGAUCCAGGAUCUGAGGCUGAGAUUGCCUCCGCCGGACAUCUCGCAGCGCCUUCCUCACCUCCACGCUGAUUCUCUCGCUUCCAACAAUGCUCUUGCUCUCCAACUCAACGCUCACUCGGCUACCAAGCAACAGGCACAGCUAAGAGAAGUUAGCCUGCAAGAAGAAAAUUCAGAGUAUCAGAAAGCUAUAUCUGAUUGUGAAAUGAAAAUACAGGAAAAGUUGCAGGAAGCAGAUGCACUACGAAGUAAGUUGCAGGAAUUAGACUUGAUGGAGCAGAACCUGGAAGCUGAGCUUCAAAGAGCAAAUGAUUCUGCAAAUCACUCUAAAGAAACCGAUGAAGUGCUUAAUGAUUCUAAAUCAAUGUUUGAAGCACAAGUAGAGACCGAAGCUGCAAAAGCUGCCUUAAUAGCGAAGAUAGAGGACAAGAAAAAGGAAUUGGCUUCGAUGGAACGAAUUUUUCAAGCAUUGGAGAUAAAAUGGCAGCAGGUUCAAGAUAACGCAUUGAAGCAACCAACCCCAGCUCAGCGAGAGAAAACAUUGGAUAAACAGCUCCACAGCUUAAUUGAGCAACUUGCUGCAAAACAGGCCCAGGCAGAAGGUCUCGUUGGUGAAAUCCGCGUGAAGGAGAUGGAGCUUGAAAAGUUAAAUGGACUGUGGAGAAGAAUGGAAAGCAGCGCUUUGGAUGGAAAUGCAGCAAGAAAUAGGUUUGGAAGAAGCAGCUCCUACGAGGACACUGCCUCUUCUUUUCAUUUUGGAACUCCUCAACAAAAGCUUCCUCUUCAUAUGGCCAAUCGGAGUGAGAGUUUGCAGAGGCUGAUGCUACUGAGAUCGACCUUUGUGCUCUACAUAUUAGUUUUGCACAUUCUGGUAUUCAUAAAGAUUUCAUUCUAGACUCUUCUUAGCAUGGUUGUUUCUAGGAAGUAAUCAUAUUCUUAGUCAUACGUCUCCUUGAUUGUAAAUUUGAUGACUGUUAAAUGUUUACUAUUGCCGGAAUACCUUUGGUCAUUA